AUGGCAUCUUAUGUGUACUCUUAUAUCGCUAUAACAUUCUGUUCGAUCUCUCUAAUUGUGAGUACCAGUGGGAUUCCAAAGGCAACUGAAGGUGAUUCAGAAUCUCUGGCGGCAGAGGCGGAGGCAUUGAUGGGAAUCGGGUGGUGGAGUAACUAUAUCGAGGAAUCCGUCGACCAUUGUCGAUGGCCAGGUGUUAGGUGCGACGCUGCCGGGAGUGUCGUCGAGAUCGAUCUCGGCGGUCAUGGUCUCGUUGGGAGCAUCACACCACACAUAGGUGCCCUCUCGAAACUCAGGUUCCUCAACCUGUCCCGGAACAAUCUAACGGGUGAGUUACCUCCUUCACUCGGGAACCUCACUCGAUUAUCGGUGCUCGACGUAUCUCGUAACGGAAUCGAGUCUAUUCCCAUGGAAUUUCAGAACAUGAGGAAUCUCACCAGGUUGAUUAUGGACUCCAAUCCAUUGCACAGCAUCCCUCCCCAAAUAUGGAGCCUACGAAAGCUAAGGACCCUCUCCCUUCGUCAUUGCAUGCUCAGGGGUUCCAUUCCACCAAAUAUAGGGAACGCGAGGAGCUUGGUUAACCUCGAUCUCUCAUUCAACACGCUCGUCGGUCCGAUCCCACCUUCGAUCGGCAACUUAACGAAUCUCGCAUCGUUUGUCCUCGAAAGCAACCAUCUUAGCGGAACCAUCCCUUUGGAAGUAACAAACCUUAGGAACCUCUCUUUCUUGGAUCUUGUGUCAAUAACAUGAGUGGCCAGAUCCCUUCAUUUCUAGG